GCGCAUUACCAAGGAGGAUGCGCUAAGGCAGGGGACAGUACGCGCCCCUGGAUGCGAACCAGCUGAAGUCGCAGCCACUCCACUCCAUGUUUUGCCCUGCCCUUGUGCGCUCUGCUCGCCGUGCAGCGUGCGUCUCCGUUGCAUUUCGCUUUCCUCCCACUGACACGAACACAGGGCUGCUGCUGUGUCUGCGGGAGAAGUUGUAUGCACAGAGAGCAGCACCAGGUAGCAACUGUCUUCAGACGGAUCUGUCCAAGCCGGGAGCAGUCGGGCUCGCCGGGGUCUUUUUUCUUCUAUCGCGGUGGAAGAGACGCAGCUUUUUGCAAUGAGGUGGACGUACCAGUAUCUAAAGUGAGGAGUGAUUUUUUUUUUUUUUUACAUUUUUUGUUUGAAUGGACAUCUGACAUCCUGCUCACUGGAGGAAUCCCUCAAACAGCUUAUUUUCUUUUGACAAUCAGUGUGUGUGUGUUUUUUUUAUCUGACGGAGCUCGUAUUUCCCUGCAAACAUUAUCAAGGAUUUCACUGAUGUAUGCGAUGUGGAGACUGCAAGUCGCCUUAUGUACUCUGUCGGUGCUGUCCCUGUCAUCUGCUGCUGAAAGCAAAGCGCGGAGCUGUAGCGAGGCAAGGCAGGCUUAUAACGCUAAAGGAUUCAGCCUCGUCAAUGUGCCUCAUCAGGAAAUAUCAGGUGAGCACCUGCGUGUCUGUCCCCAGGGAUACACCUGCUGCACAGCCGAGAUGGAGGACAAACUCAACCAGGAGAGCAAACUGGAGUUCGAGAACUUGGUCGAUGAGAGCAGCCGCAAUAUGAGGACGACAUUUGUCUCGAGGCAUAAAAAGUUUGACGAGUUUUUCUUGGAGCUGCUGGACAAUUCUGAGAAGUCUCUCAACAGUAUGUUCACAAGGACGUACGGGAAGCUGUACAUGCAGAACUCGGAGGUGUUCCAGGACCUGUUCACUGAGCUAAAGCGCUACUACACAGGGGGCAACGUCAACCUGGAGGAGAUGCUCAAUGACUUCUGGUCCAGGCUGCUAGAGCGCAUGUUCCAGUUACUCAACGCCCAGUACCACUUCACAGACGACUACUUGGAGUGCGUCAGUAAAUACACAGAUCAGCUAAAGCCCUUUGGAGAUGUGCCAAGGAAACUUAAGGCCCAGGUCACCAGGGCCUUCAUCGCUGCCCGGACAUUUGUCCAGGGGCUAAUGGUGGGUCGGGAGGUCGCCAACAGGGUAGCCAAGGUGAAUGUAAUCCCAGCAUGUGUCAGAGCCUUGACCAAGAUGCUGUACUGUCCAUACUGUCGCAGCAUGCCGGGGCUGAAGCCCUGUCACAACUACUGUCACAACGUUAUGAGGGGCUGUUUAGCGAACCAGGCAGACCUAGAUGCUGAAUGGAACCUCUUCAUCGAUGCCAUGUUACUGACGGCAGACAGACUGGAGGGACCCUUCAACAUUGAAGCAGUUGUAGAGCCAGUUGACAUCAAGAUCUCUGAGGCCAUCAUGACCAUGCAGGACAACAGCUUGCAAGUGUCAGCCAAGGUUUUUCAAGGGUGUGGCCAGCCGAAGUCAUCAGGAAUAGGCAGGUCUGCACGCGGCAUCUCAGAUGUGUUCAGUCCUCGUUUCAGACCUUACACCCCCGAAGAGAGGCCAACCACAGCAGCCGGAACCAGCCUGGAUAGACUGAGGGUUGUGUGGAGGACAAUGCAACACAGUGUGAUUGACAUCAAAGAGAAAUUGAAAGAGUCCAAGAAGUUCUGGUCCAACCUGCCAGAUGACAUCUGUGCCAAGGGCAAGCUCACAGAGUCUGACGAGGAUCAGUGCUGGAACAGCCACACGAAGGGCAGAUAUUUCCCUGAAGUGGUGAAGGAGGGUCUAACCAACCAGGUAAACAACCCAGAGGUGGAUGUGGAUAUCACCAGGCCUGACACACUGAUACGACAGCAGAUCAUGGCUCUACGUGUCAUGACCAACAAGCUAAAGAAUGCUUACAAUGGAAAUGACAUCUACUUCCAGGACUCAAGUGACGAGGGCAGUACCUCUGGCAGUGGCAGCGGCUGCUCUGACGGCUGCACAACAGAGUUUGUUUUUGUUGGAACAGAGGCUCCUGUGAUCGGAGCCGACAGAAGUGAUGAACGCGCAGCAGCAGCCGCAGCCGCAGGCAAGUCAUUUUCCCGCGGACCCUCCCUACUGCUGGUGAUGGCCGCCCUCACACUCCCACUCCAGGCAUUGCAGACUCAAUGGAGAUAAUACACGAGUGUGGCCCGAUGACUGACUUUUAUACUAUACGUACAGUAUGUUUAACAGCAAGUUCUACUGCUGUUCCCUCACUGGACAUGUAGAAGCUCUUGGAAACCUGUCGAGAAUGGCUUACUGUGUAGUAUGGUACCGUAGGACUGGAAGUGAGUGCAGUGCUGCAACCUGCUCGUCCCCCAAAGAAUGCUCGGUGCCAUCAUUGAACCAGCUUUCACAUCUCUGAAAAAAAGAAAAUGUGGUGAUUUCUCAUUAUUCUAAAGUGGGUUUUAGAGAACAUACCUCUCUUUGAGAAAGUAAAAAUCAUCUGAUCUGAUUGUUUUUUUCUUUUUUUUUGUAUAAUGGAAUUGUGCAAAUGAGACAACACACAUUUUGCCCUAUUAGUCUCCUCCGCCUCAGACAAAAGUCUUACUGUGUGCAUGUGUGGAAAUGAUGUUAACUGACAAAAAAACAUUGUUUUUAGGUUUUUUGUAUGUAGGCUACACAGUUUUUGGCAUUGGUUGGUACAGGAUUGUGCAGUGCUAGCAGUUCACCUGGUUUCCCGUUUGGUCAGAUCAGUUCAGGAAACAGCAGUUCUUACAGCCACUUUAUAGUUGCACAUUUAAUUAUCUCUAAGAAAGUGCUAAUGUACUGCACUAGGAGAACUACUUUGCACAGAUUAUUUUUGUCGGCUUCAUACGUUUAUAAAGCUAGAGCAAACAUCCACCCCAUAGAGACAGAAAAUCUAUAUUUUCAGAUCAUUUAACUGUAUUGUACUCAUAAACAGUUGCAGUAUGUAUUUCACUGGGGGGUACUGUAAUGUAAUAUUACUGGUUUAGUAGAUGGCUACAUUUUUAUAAAUGUAUUAUCUGUUUUUACAAGUUAUAUCACAUAUAAACAUUAAGCCAUUAUACUACAAUUGCCUGCUAACGAUAUUCAGUUACCGGAUUUACUCAUUUUCGGUUUGGGUACUUAACAUCCGCUUAAACAAUUCAGAUUUCCUUUUUAUUUCUCAGAAUAUAUUAUGGAUAUUAGGUAAUGCUAAUGACAUUGUCGUUUAUUUUCUUGGUCCUCAUGCUUUAAUUAGUUAUGGAAAUGAUUUAUGUAUAUAUUACAUAUAUGUAAGACUACACAUUCUAACCCUACUCAUGAAAGCUCAGCCCUCUGACAGGCUCUACAGGUUUACCCACUCACAUCUUAUGGAGCACCACAAUGAAAUUUGCAUGUUCUUGUUUGGCCAAUCAGAACAGACCCACCACCCUGUCUGGCUGCAAGUUAUACAAGUGGCAAGGUCUUCUUAAAAGGCAUGUACAAAGUCAGCAACACAAAAAGAAGCAAGGUGCUGAGGUCUGACCGUGCUUUUAGAACUAGCGUUACUAUUCAUAACCUUCAUUAUACUCUCAACAGUCAUGUACCUCUAACUUGUUCUGAAAGGAGCAAGGCCAAUAGUUUGCACUCCAAUACAACACCAUGGACAUGACCUCUGGUCACACAAAAAAAGGAGGUUCCAGAAAUGAUGCAGGCAUUGCAAAAAAACAAACAAAGGAACAAAUGUAGAUUUUUCCACAAAGAUUUAAGGCUGCCACCCUUAUGAUGGAGUGUGCCUGGAGGAUCCAAUCUCAUCAGCUCAUAAGCACCUGAAAUGCUUUCACAUAACCAAUAAGUAAGUCUCCAAACGCAUUGUUGUGACAAAUCAACAGCUGCUGUGAACAUCUCAAGGAGUCUGCACAUUACACAGAGCAGAGUAAGCAAGCAUAGGACACAAGAGUGAUCGCAGCAUCAAGCUGCAACAGUCAAGACCUGUAAAACUAUCUGAUGUUUUAAGGCACAAAUCAGGCUUUGUGGUCCCUUCAAAUGAGCAAACAACUAAAGUAGAUUGAUAUCCACAUUGCCAAAGUUUGCAGCAGCGACAUGGUUGUCUUCACAGACAGCACCUCACAGAGAGACCCCAAUCACCACAGGAACUCCCAUUGCAGAACAGAUGGAAACAUUUCACGUCAUCUCACUCCCUGCGGAAAGCCGCUUUAGGAGAAGGUAGCUGAACAGCAGACUCCCACCAAAACCAGCAGGCUAUUUAAAUCUCUGGUGCGUAAACCUUAGUUGUGGCAGAAGACAGUCUAUCCAACCGAAGCCUGAGGAUAGACGACACUGAGCUGAUCAAAAACGUCCUCCCCAAAACUGUUGAGUGUAUUAAACCAAUAACUUGGUUUUACGUAUAUUUUGGUUGGUGUAAAGAUAAAAAACUAAAUGCUAUUCAAACAGACUUGUACAUAAAGCACAUGAUCAUAAAAUUCAGUUAAAACCUGACUAGAAAAGGGGAAGUAUAAAGAUAACAUAGAAAUGUCAUUAUCAAAUAUCAAUACCAGUAUCGCAGCUAUGACAUAGUCACUGACGAGGAAGACAGCAGCUCAGCAGUAAUACAAAUAUUAAAGGAAUUCUCCAAACAAAAACACAGUCCAGGUAGCUAAGAGGAAGCCAAAAAGGUCUUAGACAAUGGAAUGGAGCAAAGGAAAAGGGUACUCAUCAGCAAAGCCAGGCAGCAGCAUUGGGAGAAGACCACCAUGAACAUAAUCCGUAGAGAAAUGAUCACCUGUGGGAGACCUCCAUGCAUCGUAUCCAUAGCUGGAAAAGUGUAGAUGCUUUGGUUUAGGCAACAUUUGCCACUGUGGUACUGGAGCAAGAGGGAGAGGAGAUCAUCUUCAUCUCAUCAUAUUUAUCUCAUUGGUCCCGUUAUAUAAAUAUAAAUCUAUUGUGAUGGUCGAAAGAGUACAUGCAAAUUUCCGUGCAUACUGCUGCGGGGUGUAAGCCUGUUGAGCCUUUUCGAGGUCAAAGCCUGUAUCAGACAGAACCAGGGGAAACGAAACACAUAUAAACACAGUUUACCAAACUCUCAAAGUCUCAAAUAUUGUUUUCCCCAGAAGUUGCAUGGCUUACGCUGUGUCAAACCUUUGUCUUCGAUAUUUUGGAUUGCUCGUGAGUCCUCAGCCGAAUCAUCUUAACAUGAGCACAGAGAGCCCACCGCCCUGCCCUUUCAGAAAGAGUUAAAAGAUGCUUCAGGCAUUUACAUUUCUCAGAGAAUACAUCAACUCUUACAUUUUAGAAUUUAACACAAAUAGUUGUUUUGUCAGCACUUUUAUUUUGGUGUCAUAUUGUUCCCCAAAACUAGAUUAAAUUGUGCAGUAACACAGUUGCAUUUGGAUGUUCUUUGUCAUUUAGUGAUUCUAUAAUUGAUUAAAAAAGAUAACAGAAGAUAACAGAAGAGAAACAGAGAACAGUGAAGAAAGAGAAAAGAGUCUAUUAGAACUGCAAGUUAGUGGGUUAUAUAUUGCUGCAGUCAAAUACUGCCAUAUACAUUCAGUUUUUAAGUAUUAAAAAAACACAUUUGUGGAGGCAGAUAUUUCUGAGUCAGGGUCAGAAGUGAGCGAGAAACUUAACAUUUAAGUUUUUGAAAGCGUAAAAACUCAGCAAACAUCUGUAGCCACUCAAAGGUAUAAUGCAUGUGCAAGAGCCUCCACAAGAUCUGUCAUUGCAACAACAAGAGUUUUGGAUGAGUGAGGAUACGGCAGGUCUUUACUGGUGUUCUUGAAAUACAGUAAAGAAAAUUAAGAAAAUACUUUUUCCAAAGAGCUUGUACUGGUACAAACAACAGGCUCCUCUCAUUACAAGAGGAAUGUUUGCCAUUUUCCACUGGCUUGUGUAUUCCUCUCUCCUGACAAGCUACGUUACCCUGGUCUGACAAAGAGUAUCACUGUCUGAGAUGCUUCAAUGCUUAACUUAAAGUCUGUGAGCCCUUUUUUGUCUCUCUCGUUCUCGCUGGCAUUUGAAAAAACUGGAAAAAGUAGUAAAAUCGUGGUCUGCUGAGGUUUUUUACAGAAUGUUUUGAUGUUAAUCGUUUGCUGCACUUUUGCUGAAACAUAUGCUGUGAGUGUGGUACUGUUGUGAUUUGCAAAAUCAGAUAACUAAGGAGCACAUGAAGGUUUCUGGAGCUGUCAGUGCACGCUGUUUGAAGUGUUUUGGGGGAACUGAAGUUGAUGAUUAUACAUGCAGACAUGCCUUACCAUUUAUAAAAGACUCAAAUGGAUUGCUUAUUUGGCUUUUGUUACACAUUCUUGUAUACAGAAAAUAAUACAAAGGUAAUAAUAAACAUUUUAUUAAAAAAACACUUUACUCUAGUUUUCUCUAUUGUGUCUAUAAGUGUCACCAUUUCAUCAUUGCUGUCCUGUGGAAACCAUUUACCGGUGAGAUAUCAACUGAUGUGUGGAAAAUAAAAAGCUUGGGACUUAUACAUACAUAAGAGUUGUGUUAAAUGUCAAGCAUUGUCUAAUCCAGUUAAAAGCCUUACCCAUGUUACAUUACUUCAAAGUUUAAUUUAACAAAA